GCCGGUCGUGUCUCGAGAAUGAUAUUGUUUCUCACUUCCACAUCCGUGGAAAAUCAGAGUUCGAUUUCCGUCUCCUUCUAUUAAUCAUUUGAAAUAAUUAUGAUAUGUUUAUUGAAGGUGCUUGAUGAGUCCACAGUACUACAGUUCGGUAUUAAUCACAAAUGAUAAGAUCAAAAGUUAUCGAAAAAUACUAAAAUUAAAACAGAUGCUUUAACAUAAGUAGAUAAAAAUGAGCAACGAACAGACCGAGGGGUUGAGAAAAAGGGCCCAAAGUGUGACCAGGGCCGAAGAAAUAAAGGACGUCGAAAAAAAAGUGCGAAGAAAACAGCCAGAUAAACCAUGUCAUCAACCCAGAGAUUCACUAUUUUCAUGGACCUCAGGAUUUACCCAAUUUACAGGUUUUGUAAAUUGGGGCUUUCUACUGCUCUCCAUUGGAGGUUUAAGACUUUUUCUUGAGAAUUUUAUAAAAUAUGGUAUAAGAAUUGAUCCCAUCCAAUGGUUGUAUAUUUUAAGUGGGAAGGAUGACGAUGGAGCAGGACAUCCUUCAGUUGUUUUAAUAUUAUAUUCCAAUGUGCCGAUUGUGUUCUGUAUAUUAGUUGAAAAGGGGAUUUCUGUUGAAAUUAUCCCUCAAGCAAUAGGAAUGUUCACCCAUGUUGCAAAUUUACUUGCACUCAUUAUUUUGCCCAUGGUUGUAAUACACGUGCAAGAUGGUUUUAGUUUUAUUGGUGCCUCCUUAGUCAGCACUCUAUACAGCGUAUUAUUUUUGAAAUUAUGGUCAUACGUACAAGUAAACUUGUGGUGUAGGACGGCUAGGCAACAACAUAAAUCCACUUUGAGAAGAUCUUCUUUAUCCUCCAAUAAUCUACCUGAUUGUGGUGAAACAAAUGGCAAAAAACAAUUGCAAGACAAAAAAACAAAAGACAAAGAAAACGAGUUAGUGAACUACCCUGAUAAUUUAACUUUAAAGGAUUUAUAUUACUUUUUGUUUGCUCCUACUCUGUGUUAUGAAUUGAACUUCCCAAAAACCGACAGAAUAAGAAAAAGGUUUUUGUUGAAGAGAAUUGUGGAGGUUAUUUUAGGUUUUCAAUUGAUUUUGUGUAUUAUACAGCAAUAUAUGAUUCCUUCUGUGAAGAAUUCUUUAAUUCCAUUCAGCAAUUUGGAUUAUGCCAGGUCUAUGGAAAGACUACUUAAACUUGCGAUGCCCAAUCAUUUGGCAUGGUUAUGCAUGUUCUACAUACUUUUCCACUCAUGGUUAAACUUGCUGGGGGAAAUUCUUCAUUUUGCUGAUCGUAGUUAUUACAGUGAUUGGUGGAAUUCAACCAACAUUGAUUCUUUUUGGAGGACCUGGAAUUUACCAGUUCACAGGUGGUGUUUAAGACAUCUUUAUUUACCAAUGGUAGAAAUGGGUUAUAAUAAGAAUGUGGCUGCUACCACUGUUUUCUUCCUCAGUGCCUUUUUCCAUGAAUACCUGGUGAGUGUGCCCCUAAAAACAUACAAGAUAUGGGCGUUUAUGGGUAUGAUGGGUCAAAUUCCAUUGUCCUCAAUUUCUAGAAGCAUAGAAAAAAAAUAUGGGCCCCGUUGUGGUAAUAUUGUUGUAUGGGCGUCCUUAAUAAUAGGCCAACCUCUAGCCAUAAUGAUGUACUACCAUGAUUACAUAGUUGACCACUAUGGGAAAGUUUUAAUUGAAGAUUUUGGUCGUGUGUAAUUUUUUAUAUACACGUAAUUUUUUUAGUUCAAUAAUUCACCAUUUUUUGGUGAUUAUAGUGUUGUAAUGUAAAUACGUAUUUUUAUACAGAAUUAUAUUUCUAUAUCAUGCAUUUAUUGUUAAUGAAGUUAUGAAUAAAAAGUUUUAUUAAUAUACAAAUUUA